GCUUAGCCGUCUUACGGCGGCCUGGUGAAAGGAUGCAGGAACACUCCCCGACCCGCGCCCCCGAGAAAGGCGAACGCGCAGCGCGAGGUUCCGGGUCCGCCAAGCUCCCGGCAUGCAGCGCUGCAAUCCCGGCGAGCACCUUGGCGCGCGGAGCUGGCACCUUGGCGCGGUCGGCGGCGGCGGGGACAGCUGUGAAGUGUGAGGUUCCUGGUCUGCUGGCAGCUGGGGUGACGAGGCGGGACGUCAUGGAAGUGAAGGAUGCCAAUUCUGCACUUCUCAGUAACUACGAGGUGUUUCAGUUACUAACUGAUCUGAAAGAACAGCGUAAAGAAAGUGGAAAGAAUAAACACAGCUCUGGACAACAGAACUUGAACACUAUCACCUAUGAAACGUUAAAAUACAUAUCAAAAACACCAUGCAGGCACCAGAGUCCUGAGAUUGUCAGAGAAUUUCUCACAGCAAUGAAAAGCCACAAGUUGACCAAAGCUGAGAAGCUCCAGCUGCUGAACCACCGGCCUGUGACCGCCGUGGAGAUCCAGCUGAUGGUGGAAGAGAGUGAAGAGCGGCUCACGGAGGAGCAGAUUGAAGCUCUUCUCCACACUGUCACCAGCAUUCUGCCUGCAGGGCCAGAGGCUGAGCAGAAGAAGAAUACCAACAGUGACGUGGCAAUGGACGAAGAGGACCCAGCGUAGAAGAGCACAGCUGGCCCUGGCGUUUCAUGAAGUCAGAAGGCCCAGGAGCCGUUUCCUGGAUGUUGAGAGGAUUGUUUAUUUGAUUAUACCCUCUAUCCCAGCAGGCCUGGCUUAAUGGUUAGUUGGGUACAUCACAAAAAUAAGCUAAAAAGAAAUAUUUGUGCCUUGGGGAGAAGAAACAUGGUGAAGACAGGCUGAGGUUGUCAGGGCAGAGAGCUGAAGGUGGGGACAGUGACCGUGGACCCCUCUGUGCUUGAAAGAUUUCCUCCUCGGCCUUUGCCCCAGUUGUGGGGAGGUCUCUAUACACAGCGGGGAAAAUGCUUGUGUCUUCUUUGGUGGGCCAUGUCCUAAUUAGUUUCAUCUGCUUCCCUGGGAACUUACUAAACAGGGGCUCAGAGCACUGUUGGGAAUCUGGUUAGAGCCCCAGAGAGUUACUCUAAGUUAAAAUGAGUCACUGACCUUGGCUCACCUUAGAGGAAUUUCCUCGAGAACAACAGAGAUAAGAAAAGAACCGGCCUGGCCAAUCCUUCAACAGCUCUAGAGCCCCUUUUCUCUGCUGGCAGGGGCUUUGUUUACCACCUCACUAUUUAGGCUAAAUGUUAGGGACCAGAUCACUGCAGUUGAAAACAGGCACUGCAGGCUUAGUGACAGUGGCAGCAGAAACAAUGUUGGCUGCCUUCCUGACCAUCCCACUUUCCUGCCCUGAGACAGCAGCCCAGGACAGGUGCUUCAUAUUGAGACCAGGUGAGCCUCAUUUGCACAACAGUCUAAUUGUUUGCUCCUUUAAAAAGGACACAAUUAGCCUGGCACGGUGGCUUACGCUUGUAAUCCCAGCACUUUGGGAGGCCAAGGCAGGAGGAUCACCUGAGGUCAGGAGUUUGAGACCAGCCGGGCCAACAUGGUGAAACCCCUUCGCUACUAAAGAUAUAAAAAAUUAGCCGAGUGUGGUGGUGCAUGCCUGUGAUCCCAGCUACCCAGGAGGCUGAGGCAGGGGAAUCGCUUGAACUGGGGAGGCAGAGGUUGCAGUGAGCCAAGAUCGCACAUUGCACUCCAGCCUGGCUGACAGGGCGAGACUCCAUCUCAAAAAAACGAAAGUACCAGAUUGUACUUUUAAAUCUCUCUAGGGUAUUGGGAAUUUUACUGGGAGCUGUUGAUUUAUUUCUCAGGGCAUAUGUGUGCUGUGUGCCGAUCUGUCUCAUUAUUGUCUCUUUUUUUUUUUUUUUUUUUGAGACAGUCUCGCUGUAUCGCCCAGGAGUGCAGUGGCACGAUCUCAGCUCACUGCAACCUCUGUCUCCCAGAUUCAAACGAUUCUGGUGCCUCAGCCUCCUGAGUAGCUGGGACUACAGGCGUGCGCCACUAGACCCUGCUAGUAUCUGUAUUUUUAGUAGAGACAGGGUUUUGCCAUAUUGUCCAGGCUGGUCGUAAUGUCUCUUUUUAACACUGAAUAUGUUAGGUGGUUUUUCUUGAUGGAUUUAGGGUUAACCUAGUUAAUAAUAAAUUGUUUCCAGGUAAUUAUCAAGUUUUGUCAUCUUAUAAAUCUGAAGAGUUAAUAUUGUCAUGGAUACAAAUAAAGUGAAAUCUGACUGAAGCUAAAA